AUGGCUCGGAUCGCCUUGCGCGUUUCGGGCAGCCUUUGCUGCCUUCUUGGCCUUGGGUUUUUGGGCUUCGCUAUCUAUCUUCAGGCCGUUCCGUGCCCUCUCAAAACGUGCUUUGUUGUUGAUGGGAAGACAUCCUUCAGCUACACUCACUCUUACGGGGAGUCAGGGAAUGGAGGACCUGAAUGGUAUGCGCCCGCUGGUACAAGUCCGGCGGUUUUUGCUCAGCAGUUGACCUUCCAAAAUCUCACAGAGCUGGGGCCCCAUGAACACUGCGGGUUCAUCCAGCGCCAUGGGCAGCAACGGUUUGGGUUGGCUCAUGUGGGCUCCUUCAGUUGUACCUGCGCCGAGCCAUGCGAUGCGCCACCCAGUUCGGGCUACUACAUUCCGCCACACCGCUUUGUCAGUAGCAUUCCCAGUUGGAUCUGGGAUUCGGAGAGGGAGUACAUGACACACUACGUCGACGCCUUUCUCCCCUUCCUCACUGUGGUUGCAGUCGCUGGGGGCCUCCUCCUGCUGAUUCUGGGCGCAUGUCUUCUCUUCUGUGCCUGGAAGCAUCGCGCAGUGGGCAAGCUCAAUGCGGGAAGCGGAUGCCACGUCUAUCAGGGACAGGGGGAGGCAGGAACCCGCCAGUCUGAGCACAGCAGUGAAGCGUGA